AUGGCCCAGGCAGGUCAGGUGGCUCAGCAGCAGCGUCGGCCCAACCAGGACUACACGAGUGCCUGGCACUUGUUCACGGAGCGGCAGUGGACGAGAGUGAGCAGCAAGCUGACUCUGCGAGAGAAGGCCGAGUGUGUCUUGGAGGAAGCCUGGCUUCAGCUGGGGAUGCGGCUCCCUUCUGAAACGACACUGGCGACUUUUACGGCCGUUUGCUUUCUGCUCAGCUCGGACAACGCGACAACAGCAAGCACUUGGCAGCUUGCUACUUCCUACCAGACAGUCAAGUCUGUUUGGAAAAGCCUUUCGAAGCGUUUGUUAAGGGUUCCGGAAGUGGAGCCAAGGGCACCUUUUCUACAGGUACUGCCUCAGAACUUCAACCAGCUUCCACAAGAGCUUCGGCUUCGCUUUGGGACUUCGCUCCCUGCGACCGUUGUGAACCGCCCGGUUCAGGACCAGGACGUUGCUCUUCUGACCGCCCGUGUGCCGAUGAGGAGCCAGUCCAGCGGCCACGUUGCGGCCCCGGGUUCGGAGGGAGAUGCGUUCCAAAGGGCCAUGGUGGGAUUCAUGCAUCAGAUGUCUGCGAGGCAGCAGAUGCAGCCGGAUCUUCUGCCCGGCUUGCAGAUCUUCAGGCAGUCCGGUCGGCAAGCUGCGGCCUCGCAGCAGCAGCUGCCUGCGACUCCGACAACUGCAGCCUCUGUUGCAGCCGCGCCACAGCUCGCGCUUCCGGCCCCACCAGCGGCUUCGGCAGCGCCACAGCUAGCUCUUCCCGCCCCAGCAGCUUUGCCGAGCACGCUUGUUGCAGGCUCGACGGAGGCCCCACAGCCGCAGGACAGUCCUCGUGAGCAAGCCUUGGCUUUGGCGAACCAGGUUCCUCAACCAGGCGCGGAACCUGCUUCGCAGGUGGCCUCGGUGCCAUCUGCUGCUGGGCUUGCUUCCUUGCUGCAGGAAAGGCGCGACUUGGAAAAGGAGCAGAAGGUCGAAACGGCACAGGGCAAGGAGCAGGGGCCUUCUGAGGAGACGACCAAGAAGUCGACGAAGCCCGGCCUCAAAGCGAGGCCUGCGGCCUGCCCAGGUCUUCUGAAGCGUCCGGCUGCUGUGUGCCAGGUUCAGGAACCCCCGGCCAAGAAGCAGCGACCCGAGCCCGAGACGCUGCAGAAACCACGCAAGCAGAAGCCAGAAGCAGCGACGUGUGCCAGCACAAAGGCAGGGAACAAGUACAGCAACGAGACUGCGCACGCCGUGAACUGGGGUGUUUGCAAGGUUGAGUACUACACUCACAAGAGCUACAUUCGCAAAUGGGAAGGGGGCAAGCUCAAGAUGAUCAUCGGCGCCUGCAGCGGUGAUCACCAGAAGGUUUGCCAUGCUCUGUGGCCUCACGUUAAGAAAGGCGCCAGCCUUGCAAAGCUGCAGGAGCUGCGAGAGAAACUGAUGAGCAGGUAG